AUGGCCUUUGUGCGCGACGCCGUCACCAAGGCGAUCCUGCGCGCGCUGCGCAAGUACCUCGUCCACGUUGAGCAAGAGAGCGUAUCGCUCGGUCUCUGGGCUGGCGACCUGACCCUCCAGGAUGUGGAGCUCAAGACGACCGCCUUCAAUUCGGCCGAGAGUCCCUUGACGCUCGUGCAUGGUGCUAUUCGCAGCAUCCGUAUUCAGGUCCCCUGGACUUCGUUUUGGCGCCAGCCCGUUCAAGUCAAAAUCACCGGCGUCGAAGUCGAAGUCGAGUCCAAGACAAGCCACGACAUACAAGCCGAGCUCGAUGAAAAGAACCGCAAGGUUCAGGAGCUGCAUGCCGACGGCGCAACGACCUCGUCUUGGUCGUCCUGGAUGGUCGCGGGUCUCUCAAGCUCGCUCCUCGAUCGGCUUCUCAAGAGCGUUGCCGUCACGUUCUAUGACGUUCAUGUGUUUUAUGCUGGCCGCGGAUUUCGCCUCGGCUUGACACUUGGCGCCUUCAGCCUCGUCGACCACGCGUCCAAAGCCGACAGCGAUGAGCUUCUUAAAGCGGUGACGCUAAGCGACGUGGCCAUCUACGUCGACGAAGACGCCAACGAGACAGCCUACCACCUCCUUUCGUCGUUCCACGUGCAUUCGUCGUUGCACCAGCCCACCAAAAUGUCACCAAUUGCCGUCGAGACGCACGUCACAAAGCUGGAGCUGACGCUUCCGCCGUCAUUCAUCUCCUUAUGGCGACAGCAAGCCGCGGCACUGCAGUGCUACGCCCAUGGUCGACGACACAAGGUUGCGCGUUGGCGCCACUUGCACUGUAAAUCCACCCGCAGUGUCGCCCGCGUGCGCUGGCAGUACGCCAUCGACCAAGUGCUCUGCCUUUGUCGGCCCCGCGUGCACGUGCCGCCGUCGACCUUGAUCAUGGCCAGCUACGCGCAUCUCUACGCCUCGUGGCUCCAACUCAUGCAGGCGCGCAACACCAAAGCGCUGCGGCUCGUCGCUGUCUUGAAUGUACUGGAGCUGCAGCUGACAACCCGGGAGAUUUUCGAGUGCCAAGCGCAGGCUCAAGGUGCCCGUCAGAGCCAAAAACGUCCAAACGACCUGUCCAUCGGAACGCCCUAUCAAGUGGCUUGGACGUGGGCCCUUGACGAGAUCGUGCUUUCUGCUGCAUGGAAACGCCUGACCGUAUCCAACACGUGGCAGCGGGUGACAGCGACGGGCACCAGUGAGGUGUCGAGCCACUUGGGGCUCCUCACAACCGACAUGGAGGUCGAUGUCAACCGCGUCACUGGCUCUAUCGUGCACAACGAAACCGUUGCACUCCUCGAGGUCCGACCAAGGACAGAUGUUGACACGAUGCUGUCGCUCUCGUUGCAGGCGACGCCGACGUCGUCAAUGAUGCAUGUCACGCUGACUUCUCUGGACGCGACAUGCCACGAAACCUUGCCAUCAUGUCUGAGCACGCUCCAGCUGCUCGAGCCUGACCCACCUUUUGGUCCACAACCGUCCCAAUCGGUCGCCGCGAGCGCAUGGACCGUCACAUGCUCUGUCCAGACGGGCACACUGCGCGUCAUCCUGGCCACUCAUAUCGUCGAGGCGCACAGCACCGAUUGGUAUCUUCACAUUAACGCCGCGACGCAAGAGUUUCAUCAUCGCGUCCAGUCUGCGUACGUACUAUUGCGUCAGGGCGAAAAAGCAUCGCCCGUCGUGGCGCUCGAGGCCGUUGAAAUGUCCUACGCUGUCACGGGGCGCGAUACCAGCGUCAACAUCCAACUAGCCUCCGUGGGUGUCUACGUGACGCGCAGCUUGGUGCAGCUCGUGCAGCGCUAUCCCUUCUUAUGGGCCUCCACGGCGUCACCGGCACCGUUGCCACGCACGCGGGGCAUUGUCAACGUCACGGUGACGCAAGGCGCGCUGCAAGUGCUCCUUCCGCUCUUCAUGGGCUAUGAGACGACGCCGAUGACGGACGAGAAGGCUGGGUUGUUUGAAGAGGUGCCUGCCGAAAGCAAGCUGCUGCACGUGGCGUGGGACGCGCUGCACGGUGCUCUGUGGUCGGAAGGCAGCGACGCGCGGCACGAAGCCAGUCUCGACACACUCGCGCUGACACUUCUCGGACGCGACGUCUUCCGACUGGCACCAUUGGCGCCAAGCACCACGGGCGUGUCCUGCACCGUCCACGACACGGUCGACGCACCGCGCCGCUGCAGUCUGCGCACGCAACGCCUCGAGGCGUCGUUCGAGCCCGAGAUUCUCUGCGAUGUCUUGGGCUAUCUCAAAGUGUACUGCGAUUUGCUUCCGGCAAGAGCCACGCCGCAUCCAGGAACCGCUGCGAACGCCACCGAACUGGAGCUUGCGUGGCAUCUGGAACAGUCGACCAUUCGUCUCACGCAAGAGGGCGGCUGCCUCAGUACAAUCACGCUUCUUGGCACCAACCUCCGACACCAAUCAACGUUGGCGAUGACGGUCGAGCGCUUCACCGUGCAAGACAGCACGGCGUACGGCAGUGUCCACCACUACUUUAUCGUGCCCAUGGAGUGCGCCUGCGCCGCUGACGUGACAGCGCCGAUGCUCGACAUGACGCGCUCCGAGACCGAUCUCCACAUUAGCAUGCACGGCCUCCAGUUCACGUGUCUCUACCGCUUCUACCUCGAGUGCUGGAACUACGCGUUUGAGCCCACGGGCGCGUUGGCGGUGCUGCAACGUGCCGUUGAACUGCACUUCCCGUCCGACGCGUCGGCCGCUAUACCACAGAUCGCUCGGAGUUGCAAGAGCCUGCGCAUGUCCCACGUGGCCCUUGUCUUUCCACGGAAUAGCGAGUCGGACGACCGGCUCGCGCUCGUCAUGGACGAGCUGCUCAUGCAGCGGUCGUACGUGGAUGUGCCGUGGACGUACGCGGCCGGGCUCCAUGCACCGACGACGCUAUGGCCUGCGCGGUCGACGGUCGGACACCUUCAACGCGACAUACUUGAGAUGCGGCAGUGCCGCGCCUACUGCGCCGACGCCGAAGAAGUCUGCGAGCGCUACUGGUCGUUUGCGUUUGGGACUCUCUCGGCGUCCACCCCGUCUGUUGCGACGUCCGAGGCAGCGCACGCCCCGCGCAUUACCGCGCACGGAAGCGUGUUUCAGGCGCUCAAUCCGGAGUUACGCUGGUCGCUCGUGAGCCUCGAACCCACGACCAUUCACUUUGUGCGCGACACGAACGGAGCGGCGACACGGGAUCUCUACGUCUUUUCGCCGUCGUUGCGACUCGAGAUGGACGUGACCGAGUGGAGUAUUCUCCUAAGUCUCUGGUUUGACAACAUGGGCGAGUAUGCCAAGUUCCCGCGCCCGUUUGUGCAGCACGCUGCGCCAACCACAGCGUACGACGUCGGGCCGCACCCAUUUCACGCGCCGUUCAACACUGCCGCGCACUUGGACGCGAUCGUUGACGCGCCGUCGUCGACGCCGUGGGAAGUCGGCGUGGUCUGUCCGCGCUGGGAGCUCCAGUUUGAGCUCAAGGACGAUGCGCUUGGCCUUGUGCUGUCGCCAUUGGUGGUGACCGUCACCGGCACCUACGAGUCGACGUUCUUGACGACGGCGGUGGUGGCUGGCAGCGUCCGCUUGACCAAGCUCGCAAAUACUGCCGAGUCGCUGAUCGCAAUCACGUCGUUCGCACCGUUCACACCCGAGAUACCCGACCGGCUUUGCCCGUUUUGGCUUGCAGAGAAUGACAGUUGCCUCCGAUCCCACGCCUUUCACUUGACGUCGAUUCGGUUUCCUUAUGGCUACACCAUGCUCGGAAUGGCACUCGAUAUCGUGGAGCUCCCGAUCGUGAGCGACCCGACGAGUCUCACGUAUACGCUCGAGUACUUUUCGACAUUCUUCUAUGACCCAGCAUUCGGGUACCCCUGGCCCAGCACCGAGAUGGCCGCGGACGCGAAUGGAGACAUUAUUUGUGUCGGCGCCUUCUUGGCAUCGGCAGAGGACGAGCUCGAUGGCGUCGAUGAUGCCACUCCGAACCUUUGGUACUCGCUUCAUGUGACCGCCGUGGCCGUGACAGCGCCCGUUACGGCAACGUCCAAGACGCUGGUCGUCACGACGGUGGCGGACGCGCACGUCAGUGUCCACCACACGUGGAAUGCCUCGACGUCGAGCUUGCACGUACAGGUGAACGGCGUCGAGGCGUACUUUCUCGAGGCCGCGAAGCGCCGGACCGUCUUGACACCGAUAGGGCUCGACUGGCACUAUACAUCGAGCCUGGAUACGGCGCAGACGUCUCACGUCGUGGAUGUCAAGCGUUACGACCCCAUGUUUCCCGCGUCGCCCGAGCUCACCGUCUAUGUCUACGGUCUUCCAAGCGACGUGGCGUUUGUGCAGGCUGUCGCGGACACAUAUGCGCACAUGACGGACGCCUCGGACGACGCCAAUGACAAUGACAAUGAUGACAAUGACGACCAGGACGAAACGCAAAGCGUUGGGUCGUCGACGACAACGCUGUUUGAGACCAUCGAGUCGAUCGCCGUCACGCUGCCGUCCCGAGUCUGCUUGAUGCUGCUCGAUGACGCGCUCCAGUUUCAAAAGCCGCUGUUGAUGUUGUUUCUAUCGGACGCGUCGCUCAACGCUCUGCGCUUUACAGACACGGACGACGCAACCGCGGUCGCGCUGGAAAAAUCGCACUCGAAAUUGAUGGAGCCCACGUCCGGGCACAUGCCGACGCUGUACCUCAAGCUCACGCUGAACAUCGCCCUCGACGUCUUCAACAACAUUGUGCGCGGGUGGGAGCCGCUCGUCGAGCGGUUCGAGCUCAAGGUCCUCGCCGAAGACGGUCCAUGCCGCGGCGCCGGUCUCGUGGUCUCGAGCGCCGACUCGAUUCAAGUCAACAUCACCGAGUACUGUCUCAACUUGGCCCUCGAGCUCUGCCACGACACGACCCAGACGCCGUCGUCGACCUCUGGCGUCGUGAACCGGACGGGCCGCGUCGUGCGGUACUUUCAGCCGCAGCCCGACGCGCACCAGGUCACGUACCUCGGACCAGCGAUGACGGGAUCGCUGCACUCGCCUCCGAUCGUGAGCGUCCUGUACGAAGACCACAUGCUCGAGACAACCGUCGAAAACCAAAAUUACUUGCGCGUGCUCUUUCUCAACUACGACGCGCCGCUCGAGCCGCUGCGUCACGCGCUCGCGUCCAAUGCCGCGGCACUCACAUAUGACAUGUCGCUCCAACUUCGCGGGUUUCGCUGGCUGCACCACGUCGACGUGAGCCAAAGCGGCACGUUUCUCUUUGAUCUGAUUCCGGACGACGACGACGUCGGCGCGCUCGUGGCCACAAGCCCAUGGAUCCGCGCCGCCUUGCGCUGCGUUGUCGGCAUCACCAAGACGCGGUAUGGCCAAACGGUUGCCCUCCAGAGCCAGUUUGAGCUCGUCAACGCCACGUCGUUUGUGCUCGGGAUCCGCCUCGGCAACAGCAAACACCUGAAAGAGCCACUGGGUCGAGCGCAAGCCCACGCGACAUCGCUACAGCCGUCGCAAGUCUAUUAUGUACCGUUGCAGCCGCUGUUUGAGUACGCUGACACAUCGCGCGGCAAGCACAUUGGAUACCUCUACCUCAUGCACGUACCCCAUGGUACGACGGGGAGCGUCACGGCCAUCGAAGGUGACAGCAUCGACCUUCUCCACCUGAUGACCGAUACGAAGGCCUCGUACAUCUACCCGUGCAGCGCCAAGGUGCACCUGUGCAUUGAGGUUGCUGAGCGGUCACCUCUUGCCGAGCGGCGCAGUCGGUGGAGCUUCUUUGCCAAAGAUGAGAGUAGCACCAGUGCAACACCAAAAACCGGUGCCAACCUCACACGCCUUGUGCUCCACGCACCCUUGACGCUCGAGAACGCGCUGUGCGUAAACAUUGUGUGCUGCGUCUACCGCCUUGUCGUGCACCAUGGCAAGGCGACCAAGGACAUUGUGUGGGAAGGCUCGAUCAAGGUGGGCGGCGUCGCUUACAUUUACUCGUCGACCAUGCAAGACGUACUCUACGGCAGUGUCCUACUCCCGGGUCUCCAGUGUGAAAGUACCAAACCCGUCACGUUACAUGUCCCGCCACCGACGUCGUUGAAAGAUCACCGCAAGGUCGACGUGGUCCUCGAACUCAACGACAAGCGGUCCCGCAACACGACCCGGUCGCUCAAACUCAAGAUCGAGCACCUUGUGGGGGGCGGUGGGCAGCGAGCGAUUGUACUGUAUGCGCCCUACUGGCUCGUCAACUAUACGCCGUACGCGCUCCAGUACAAGCAAGAGACACGGCAUUAUCAGGUGGCGGGCAGCGCGGGGGCGGAAGACCGGCGCCGAACCUUGGACGAGCGCUGGAUGUGGAAAAGUCUGCUGCGAGACUUGCAUUGCACGUCGUUUCUGACCGAGUCGGAGCAAGAUGAGACGUGUAUGCACGUGGAAACGGCGGCCACCGGCGAGCUCUGCGGCUGCCCGUCGCCGGCGUGCGCGGGUCGGCGCUCAGCCCGCUUUGCGACCAUGUUUUCGUUUAGCUCGGCUGCGUUUGAUGAUGUCUCGGCGUUCGCCAACAGUCUUUGCAUCAAGUGCCCCAAAUACACCUGGUCUAAGGGCUUCUCGCUCGAGGCGCUCGGCAUCGACCAAGUCGUCGAGCUCAAAAAUUCGUCGGGCGUGAUUCCCGUCAGCGCCCGCGUCUCCUUAGGACCGGACGUGUUUUACCGCACCAAAUGCGUCACCUUUACGCCUCGGUACCUCGUCUUCAACCAGCUACACGCCGCCCUCGCGCUCUACGAUGCCCACGACAACCUCAACAUGACGAUGGCGCCGAAUGACGCCCAGCCGUACCAUCCGUCGUCCAAAGUCCCUGUCAAAAAACGAGCGCUUGUGAGUGCGCAGUACGUGCUCGCCAAACAAGCGCCACGGUACCGGUCAGGCAAGUUUGGCAUUGCGACCACAGGUCCCUUGGACGUGACGGUCGCGAGUCUUGUUGACGCACCCGCGUCGCCCGCGUCACGCAAGGAUGCCAAGCGUGGGUUUGCAGAGACAAAGGCCGCCGACGGCCACACGAUCACCGUGCGGCAACAUAGCAUGUCAAUGGACGUUGUCCGCGUGCACUCGCGCUUUGUCGGCUCGACGGUCCUCACGGUCUUUCGUCCGUUGGCAUCGUCGGCGGAAAUCGGCUACCGCAUUGAAAACCAAACCUCCAACCACCUGCUAUUCUAUCGCCAAGCGAGCGUCGAGGGGCCGCGAAACGCAUGGCAGGUGCUUCGCCCGGGGGCCGCUGCGCUCUUUACGUGGCCCGAACCCAUGGCGCCCCACCAGCUGAGCGCGUCACUUCGCAACGACGACGCGCGCGCGGUGACCCGGCCCAAGCACUUUUUACUCUCGUCGCGCGGACCCAAAAAAGACGUGCGGUACAUCGACACCCCAAAGACCUUUGGGCGCACGAUCCUCGGCGAGCGUCGCGGUCUUGGUCUCGACGACGUCGACGCGAUCGCACUGGAUGUGCUCAAUCUGCAAGUCGCCAUCCCCAAGCCAACGCCACGGCUUUCCGAAGAGACGCCAGCCGCAUUUGAUAGUACCAAGGUCUCAUCUGGGCUUCCGCACCUCAACUUUCCCACAACUUCGAUGUUUCAGAAACCAAAACGCGCCGUGAGCUACGCGCGCAUCGACGGUGACGGCAUGACGCGCGUGCUUCGACUUCGUGAGAGCGCGACGCUUGACGACGAGCGCUCGUAUUUUCUCAAAGAGGAAGUUCGCAUGCAGCAGACGCUGCUGUCGAUGCUCGCGCUGCAGCACACGCGGGCGUUUGCAGCGCUGCAAGCCCCGACGCUGCCACGACGCCGCAGCGUUGAGCUCGAGUCGGUCGAAGCUCCCCGGUCGUCGGCGCACCACCGGACACGAUCAAGUCGGCGCAAUAGCUUUAGCGGACUCGCCGAGCUCUCUGCGGCCUUGGACGCAGCGCCGAAAGAACCCUCUUCGAUCUUCAAUUCGACGACCCCCGAGCCGUCGACAGCGACAUCGCGCUUUGCGUCGGCGGUCGCACCGCACCCGUCCAUGGGCGCCGAUCCCGACCCGUUCUUGCAUCAACUGCAUGCCCGCAUUGCGUCGUUUAUGUCGCGACCCAUCUUUGAGACGGUCGACCAAGUACUGGUCACGGUUGUCUCGGCCAUGGGCUUGCAGGCUUCGGUGGCAUCCGAGAUGUGCCACCCCUACGUCGCCUUGUCGAUUAGCGCACCGGGCAGCAACAGUAAGCGCAAGACGGGGGCUCAAAAAACGUACUACAUUGAGCGCUGCCACGAACCGAGCUGGUACGAGCAAACGUUUCUCUUCGAUCUCGACGGGGCUGAGAAUGCGUCGCUCGAAUUGGACAUCUUGUCGUACCACGCGUUAUCGGCCCACCCCGUGCUCGGGACGGCAACGCUGCCUCUCCGAGAUUUCGAUGAAAGCAACACUGCGCUCACACUGCCGCUGCUCCAGCACCACGAGACAAAGAAGGCGACGGAGGUGACCGUCGGCAGCAUUGACAUUCACAUAGCCGUGUGUCGCUCGACGCGCGGACUGCUGUCCCAUUGGUACGAGCGGCUCAAGACGCAGACCCGAUUGACGAGCGAGGGAUUGGUGUACGUACGUUCGCGCCUCAACCGGAUCGCAAAGGAGCGCAUCCUCGAACACAAGCGCAAGCUGCAUACGAGCGCCGAGGCCAAGCCCUCCAAGCAAGAAAUGACCGAGAAGGCCAAGCAACUGCUGCUCAAGAAGAAGGACAAACUCGUGGCCCAGAAAAAUCGGCUCAAAGUCAAGUGGCACGAACAGCUGCACAACUUGCAGCACCACCACAUGAACGACACGCUCCAGACGCUCAAGGUCGCGGCCGAGACGCGCAUUUUGCGCCGCCUGCACAAAUCGACGAAACCGACGCCAAUGGGCAGCCUCCAGCGGGUCAAACGGCUCUUCUCCAACAAAGACGGGGAGACGAACGCGUCGUCAUCGCCAACGCAUGCUGCCCGCGGUGCGCAUCCGUCGCGCAACGUCAAGCAAGUUGACGCGGCAUCGAUUGAUCACGUCACCGAGGUCAAAUCGCAAUUCGAGCGGCUCGUACGGCGCGGCGGCACACUUCGUGUGGUGAUUCUUGAAGGCCGAGGGUUUGCUGGCAAAGGCGACCGCGUACGCUGCAAGCUCACGUCCGAAGGCGCUACGUUCAAGACCAACAAAAUCAAGGGUGACGAUACGAUGCAGUGGCGCCAAAACUCGUUCGAGAUGCAGUUACGACGACAGCGCGGCUCCGUCACCGUCACCGUGCUCAACGCGGGCACGGCCAGUGGCGAGGUGCUGCUUGGCAUGCUCCACUUGUCGAUUGAAGCGAUCAUCGAGUUUUGCGUGACCCGGGGUACGUCGAUCACGGGGUGGUUCCCGUUGGUUCACCCCAAGGACACGACAUCGCUGGAGAAAGACCUCGAACAGCUCGUGGGCACGGAGCGCAUUGGUGGUGGCCUCGGCUACUCGAUGCCGUCGACGACGAGUCCGUGCUUGCGGCUCCAGCUCCAGUAUGAGCUCGCGCCCACCUCGUUUGUCGUGGGCACGAUGCUGCGCUACGCCAGCAUCCAUCUGCGCGAAGUCGCCUUGUCGCUCUCGGCGCAGGUGUACCCGAUCUUUUCUCUGGCCUCCGCGCCCCGCCUCGAGAUGCAAGAAGUGCUCCGCGUCUCGUUUGAUACAGUGGAUGCGUAUGCGCUGCAGUCGACCAAGCAGCGCCGCGUCGCGAUCGACGUCGACGGCUUCCAGGUCGACAACCAACGCAGCUUUAGCCACCAAGUGGGCCUUCCUGUUGUCCUCUCGCGCGCAGCCAUGACGCCCGACCCGCUCUUCCAUGCGACGUGUGUGCAGCAUGUACCCAAGGGAAAAGCCGUCGAUGGUCUCGUACAUCUCGAGUUUAUUGCGCUGCAGCUCCAGGACAUUGAUUUGACGUUUGACGAAGCCAUUUUGCGCACGCUCUAUGACAUUCUCGACCGCCUCUACGACAAGCACGCUGCGCAUCUCUCGCCGCGUCCACCCUCGGCGCCGCGCAACGUGUACAUUGCCCAUCUGGAAGUGAGUCCGUUCCGCGCCAACAUCACCUUUCGCAAGUCGUACACGGCAGAGAGCAGCGCGUAUCUGCGCCAGCAUUUCAAAAGCUCAUUCACGCACUCGUUCGCGGCCGGUCUGGUCAACGUGGCCAAAAGCAUCGAGAAUGCGCCACUGCAAUUUUCGAGCUUGCUCAUUCGGCACGAAAUCACCGACGCAGCACAUGUGCGCGACGUUGUGCUCGACCACUACACGACAAGCCUCUUGCGACAGCUGUACAAGCUCGUCGGCGCUAUGAACUUUAUGGGCAAUCCCGUCGGGCUCGCCGCGAGCGUUCGCGAUGGCCUCACCGACUUUGUCGUUGCACCGUACUUGGGCAUGGCACGCUACGGGGCGCGGGGGCUCCUCGGGGGCAUGACCCGGGGCACGCUCUCGCUGGUGGGGCACACGGCGUUUGGCGUGCUCGACACCACGUCCCGUCUCACGACUGCCAUGGGCAACUCGGUCAUGUCGCUCUCCCGCGAUCGCGUGUACGCGGCCAAGCGCACCUUUUUUGCUUUGGCGCGUCCGUCGUCUCGGCGCGAGCAACUCAAACUGAACGUCAACAAGCUCCAGCACGACAUGACCGGUGGUCUCCUCGGCGGCCUAACCGGUCUUCUCGUCGACCCAAUGCGUGGUGCGCAAAAUGGACCGCGGGGGCUUUUCGUCGGCGUCGCCAACGGCCUCUCGGGCGUCGUUGUCAAGCCCGUCGUUGGCGCCAUCGACCUCACGACGCACGUCCUCGAAGGCCUUCGGGACGUCGCGGGCUUGACAUUUGAUAGCAAGCAGAUCACAGAAGAGCGUCGGCGGAAGCGCAUCGCCCACACCUUUGGCGGCGACGGUCGGCUUUUACCCCACGACCCUGUCUGGAACUGGGCCAAGGCACUGCUCGUGUCGUUCGAUCCGAUCUCAACGACGGCGACUCCACGGGUUCACAUCCAGGUUGGUGACGUUUUUGAGAAAGGCCAAGUGCUCUGGACGACUGCGUUCAAAAGCGCACCGGGCGAGUACCUCGUGGUCGUCGUCCGAAAAAGCGAAUUGCUCGCGGCUACCGUCGCAGCAGCGCACUGGCAGCAGCCGACGCUGAAAUGGCGACUCCCAAAAGACUAUGUGCACGGCGUCGCGCUACACAAGUCGGGUGGUGUGACCCGUAUCGUGCUCUACGUCCACAAGCCGCCAAGUGCAGAGACCCAAGUGCACAUCGGCACGGUGCCCUGGGAAGACUCGCGCAACUUUGAAAACGACGAGCGCAAGCUCCUCGAUUUGUUUACUUUUCUGAGCCGGUCGUACCACGUCGUGGGCGGGAAACCCGGGGCACCGGACGUGGUCUCGCCGCUCCAGAAAUUUGCGUUCGAGCGCCUCCUCGGAACACAAGAGAUGCUCAAGACGCAAUACUGCUUGCACGCAGCUGAUAAAGACGCGCUGGCGGCGACGCCAUGGACCAGAUCGGACGACGACGAAGCGAGACGGCCGCUGUGGAAGUCGCUCAAGCAGCACGAAGAGCGGGACGCGACCCAAGUCGACAUCAUGUAGCGUC